CCUCAGUCCCGGCACGGUUACCGCCGGCUCGCGUACGCGUUCCCGCCGCGCUUCGAGGCACUGUCCGCUCUAAUUCGGCCGUUCUCGACGUAUUUUAGGCCUAAGGGAAGGAAUAAACCUGAGCGCCAUAUUGCUUUUUUAAGCCAGCGCUAGCCAUUGCCAGAGGCAGUACGACGGUUUGUAUGAAAAAGCGGCGUUCCGGGAUCCGACCUGCGAAACGCCACGGACACUGUCAACCGUCGGCAAACGCGGCCCCUGGAUGCGAGUUGAAUGAAGACAUGUACAAAUUCCUGUUAAUAGCCAACUGCGAACGGCGACUGCGUUACGCUUACUACUUUUACCCGGUCGACAAAGCGAAAAGGCCUUCGUUGGAAGCCGCACUGAUCCAGAAAUGUCUUUCCAGAAAUCAAAACAGCUGCUCGUUUUUCCUGCACGGUGGCUUCAACAUUGUGUACCGCAGGACAGGACAGCUCAUUUUCGUCAUUGGCACAGACGACGAUGAGAACAACCUCGCCGUGUACGAGUUUGUGCGCGCUUUUGUCCAAGUCCUGGACGCCUACUUCUCAGGAGUGACUGAAAAGAAGAUUGUUGCAGAGUUCUACAAGCUCCACCUCAUCCUGCAGCACAUGGUCAGCAACGGAAGUGUGUCGGAGACCAACGUACAAAACGUUCUGGAACGGUUGAAAGCUUUCGACAGUGCCUGAAUGUGCCUGCAGUUUAGUAUAUCUUCGUGGUAGGGAAAGAACCGUUUGAGAUACAAAAAACAAAACAAAGCACGCUUUUACUAUCUUCAGAAGUGUUAUCAGAAGCAGGAGCAGACGUAUUAUUGCAAAGUCGUCUACUUUGUGACCAGCCCUGUUCGUGCACUCCAGCACAUACUUUGGGCCAAGACGCUUAAUUGUGGAGUUUCAGUGUGCUGCACACUUUAAACAUGUGCAGGGAGGUUCACAGCCAAAUGUUGAGAUACGCACAAACUGAAGAUCAUACAUACUUUUGCCAUGCCUCCAUUGCAAGCUACUUUAUGUUGUUUUAAAGAAUUUCCAUGCAUCGUCAGCUGGAUUUGUGCAGCUGUCUGUCGAGCUGAUUUCGCCCAAAACAUUUGCUUUCUUCCUUUUUUUUUCCCUGUACGAAUCACAUAAAUUAAAAUACAAAUUAAAUAUGUUUUGCCACCUUU